AUUUAUGAAGUGUCACAAAAAGUGUGGGGGAAAAACCUUAGAUUUCCCUCACAACCUUAUCUUCUGUGAAACCCUCCAACAUCUUCUCAUUCCAUCAACACCUUCAUCAUCAUGACUGUUACAACAGCUCCCUCCUCACUUCUCAAUCCACAGUUUCUCCACAAGAAUAUCAGACACAAUAACAUUUGGAUUUUCAGCAACAAGAUUCAGUUUUCUGUUCAUAGAACACAGUUUCACUUCUCUCACAUUGUACCUAUACAUGCAACCUUAAAGAAGUCAAAGGGAUUUGGACCUUCUCCAAAGAAAAAGAACAAGAAAAUUAAGAAUCUCAAGAAGAUCAAACAAGAGGAAAAUAGAGAAGAAAAGGAAGAAGAAGUAGAAGAAGAAGAGAGAGAUGGAGGAGUGAUUCCUGAAGUAGUGACCAACAGAAUGAUAGGUAGAAUGGGAUUAUCUGUGGGGAUUCCAUUAGGUAUUGGGCUAUUGUUUUUUCCGUUUUUUUACUAUCUUAAAGUUGGGUUGAAAAUUGAUGUACCAACUUGGGUUCCUUUCAUUGUGUCUUUCUUCUUUUUUGGGACUGCUCUUUUGGGUGUGAGUUAUGGGAUUGUGUCUGCUAGUUGGGAUCCUUUGAGGGAAGGGUCACUUUUGGGGUGGACUGAGGCUCAGAAGAAUUGGCCUGUUUUUUGGCAAUCACUUAGAGGUGAUUCUAGAAAGGAUUAGCCUUUUUUUCAUUAUUUGUUAUUUAUUAUUACCAAAAGAAUAGUAGAUGUUGAAUGUUGAUUAAUGGUAGAA